AUGCGUUGUGCUCUUAUCUCGCGAUCAUUGGCGACGGCCACGGAAAGCGGGGGUCGGCCUUGCUGGCCACAUUCCUUAGCGGCCAAGAAGGGCCGAAGAGCCGCCGUACCGAAGAGAGACGGCCAUGGACGGGUGCACGGCCCGAAACCCCCGGGUAGCCAAGCCACCAUCGCUUCGGCUUACAAGCAUAGUAGAGUUUGGCUUCACGUUACGAACGGAGCCGAAAGUCGACGCAUUUCAGCGGAAGAGUUCCAACGACUAAUGAGGGAUCGUGCGACGAAUUGGGAGACUUGGGGCGACGGCCGGGGGUCCGCCUUUUCGUCUGGUUUGGCCUUAUUAAAAGCCAGAAGAACGAUCAUUGGGGGUCGACCCGGCAUAACGAAACGUUAG